AUGUCCUCUCAGCUGGAAAGAGGCCUGCAGCUGGAGACCACAGCAAAACUUCAUGCGUUAAAAUCCGAAGAAGUUGUUGACGUGACGAGCUCUGACGGAUGCGCUGGGCAGCGCGGCUGCCGUGGGGACGGAGGGGAGAAUAACGUGGCCCUGUCUCCAGAGUGCCAUCAGCAGAAACCACGCAAGAUGACCCGGAGCCCCAAAUGCGCCCGCUGUCGGAACCAUGGCGUAGUUUCGUGUUUGAAAGGCCACAAACGCUUCUGCCGCUGGAGGGACUGUCGCUGCGCCUGCUGCCUGCUGGUGGUGGAGCGGCAGCGCGUCAUGGCGGCGCAGGUCGCACUGAGAAGGCAGCAAGCUGCGGAGGUGAGGAGAGCACCGGGGCAGGGUAAGAGGGGGGUCAGGUGUGCAGGUCCGUUGCGGAGGACUGCGUAUCAGCAUUACACGAGAGCGGCGGAACCGAGCACACUUGCGAAGAGCAUCCUGCAGGGGCUCAAACCGGUGGUGCCGCUGGACGACGACGCCUCCUGCUGGUCAAAGCAGACAACGCGCGACCAGACACACUUGACGGGCCCCCCCAUUAGCGCCCGAAUGAGGAAAAGGCGAGCCUUCGCAGACAAGGAGCUUGAGAAUGUGAUGUUUGAGCGGGAGCUGAGACAGAGAGAGCUGCAGAGCGACCUUCCCUUCUCUACAUCCUCUGCCCUCGUCCCCGUGCUUCACCCUCCACCCCUGCCUGUCUCCCCGAGCCUCCACUGCUGUCUUCUCAACAAAGACCCCACCUCUGCAGGGACAUCCAGCUAUGUGCCCAUAUAUAAAUAUAAGCCCCUGUAUGAGUGUGACUUCCAGUUCUAUCAGUUCUUCCACCUAAAGAGCAGGUCGCCCGCAGAAGGUGACUACACCGACUUUUUAUGCCAAAGCUCAGAGCAAACCAGGGAGGAUGAGGAGGUGCAGAACAGCUGGAGAGGCUGUGAGAAGAGAGACAGACCAGAGCUGACGCCUCUACCAUUACAACAAAGACUCAAACAUCACGGCAGCACCUUGUCAAGUCUAGACCUUGUCAAAUCCCCUUCAAAACCAACAGAAAUAAUGGACUCAAAUGGCUCAUCAUCCAUCACAUGCUCUAUUUUCGGAUCCCAUCAGGGUAUCUUGGGCGGGUCAGACGUCAGUUCACCCAGCAGGACUUUUGAUCCCCCACCUCUGACAGCUAAGGGCUGGUGCUCAGACACUCCAGCCAACCAGCCAGGCCCUCAUGCCGACUCUGUCAAGAGCCCUCACGGCAGCUCAGUCAGGACUCCCGCUGUGAGGCCAUUACCUUUCUCUGUGGAGGCUCUGCUGAGGGCCUGACAGACAGAUGGAAAACAGCGCAGUGCACUUUGUUUAUGUGUGGACUAAGAACUGAUGUUGAGUGAAUAAAUAUAAAAACUGCUAGUUGUAUUACAGGUUUGAAACACUAUUCUUUAUAAGGGCUUAUGGUCAUGAACAAUUUCCAGAACAUGAAUCACAGUCUUUCUUUUUCUUAUAAAAAUGUAUUCAGCUAUAUAAUUACAAAUACCACAAUGAAAUAUAUACAGCUCUGGAAAAAAUUAAGAGACCACUCUCACAAAUGUUUCUUAAAUCAGCAUCUCUACAUCUAUGGCAGCCGGUCCAUUCCAGUGUUUGUUCGAUUCCAACACAAGCCUCCUCGUUCUACUUGAUGAGACACUGAUCAGGUGAUCACCUGAACCAAAUCUUAUUUUAUGAGGAAGAUUAUAAAAACCACUGCUGUGAUUAAAGACUGAAAUUAUCCCACCAAUAAUGAUUUCUAAACUCUUCCUAAGUUAGUGUCGUGUUGUUUAAAAAUGAAUAUGAACAUGUUCUCUUUAUGACCAGUUGUCAUUUUCUGCCAAUAAAUGCUCUUAAUGGCAAUAUUUUAAUUUCAAAUUAGAGAGAAAUGUUGUCAGCACUUUAAAGAAUGAAACACUACACUAGAAUACAUAACUAUGAAUAGUAAAACCAGCAAAACUGAUAAUUUUGCAGUUGUCUCUUCAUUUUUUCCAGAGCUGUAUAUAUAUGUAUGUACUUGAUUGCUAUAUUUUUAUUCUUAUGCCUACAUUGAGCGUAUUUUGUGUAAAUGUAAUCCUUUUAUAUAUUCUUCUGUCAGCACUGCGGUAAAAAUAUACAAAACCUUUCUGCCUUGACCUUCUUACAUCAAUCAUAUUAUAUUCUCUUUUCCUGCAAAAAGAAAUAUACAGUAGAUCCA